AAACGGAUAACCUAAACGGACUCUUUAAUUAACGUUUAUUUAAGGUCUUGGUAGCGCUUAGCACGAGGAAUAGGUUUGAAUGGUUAGAAAAUACAUUCACAACCUAAACAAGCUCUUAAGAAAAGAAAUGCUUCUUUAAAAUAGCUAUAAAUCUUCCAUCUGUCCCUGGAUGCUGGCGAAAGGCAUACUGAACUUCCGGGUUUUCCUGUCACUCAAACAGCCGUUCGUCAUCAUGUGGGCGGGCUCACGUUUGCUGUCAACAUCGGAAUUCAUGCGGGAUGUGCGAUACUUUAUUAACAUGCAGAGCUUUAAUGCUGUUUGUGUGGUGGGCUUGUUUAUUUUAAUCGUUUUUAUUAUGGACUAAAUGGAUGGACAACACCGCGGACAUGACUUGGCUAGUCUUUACGACUCACUGAUAAGCUACUACAGUAAAGAUCUGAUUGCAUGCUCUCCUCUUCCUCUAAUCGACCAGGAAGCAGAAGGUUUUCUCUUUCAUAUCUUCUUAAAUUCCAUGUCAGGAUCAUAAAUAGAUGACAGCAUGAGGAGCCGCAGUAAUUCAGGAGUGAGGUUGGAUGGAUUUGCCAGACUUGUCCAAGAAACAAUAUUAUGCCACCAGAAUCCAGUGACUGGUCUACUGCCAGCUAGCGAGCAGCAGAAGGAUGCCUGGGUCAGAGAUAAUGUUUACAGCAUCUUGGCAGUGUGGGGGCUCGGAAUGGCUUACCGCAAGAAUGCAGACCGUGAUGAGGACAAAGCCAAAGCUUACGAGCUUGAACAGAGUGUGGUUAAGCUAAUGCAAGGGCUGCUGCAGUGUAUGAUGAGACAGGUGGCAAAGGUAGAGAAGUUCAAACACACACAGAGCACAAAGGACUGCCUGCAUGCCAAAUAUCACACUCCUACCUGUGCCACAGUGGUUGGAGAUGAUCAGUGGGGGCACCUGCAGGUUGAUGCCACUUCACUGUACCUGCUCACAUUGGCUCAGAUGACCGCCUCAGGUCUACGGAUCAUAUCUAACUUGGACGAGGUGGCGUUUAUCCAGAACCUGGUGUUCUACAUCGAGGCAGCGUACAAAGUGGCUGAUUAUGGGAUGUGGGAGAGAGGAGACAAAACCAAUCAAGGAAUUCCUGAACUGAACGGCAGCUCUGUCGGAAUGGCUAAGGCAGCUUUGGAGGCCAUUGAUGAGCUUGACUUGUUUGGAGCUCAUGGAGGCCCAAAAUCAGUGAUUCAUGUUCUCCCAGAUGAAGUAGAACAUUGUCAGUCUAUCUUGUGCUCAAUGCUUCCUCGAGCUUCCACCUCUAAAGAGAUAGAUGCCGGUCUGCUCUCUGUAAUCUCCUUUCCUGCGUUUGCAGUGGAGGAUGCAGAUCUGGUCAACAUCACCAAGAGUGAAAUCAUCUCCAAGUUGCAGGGACGUUACGGCUGUUGUCGAUUCAUCCGAGAUGGAUACAGGACCCCAAAAGAGGACCCCACUCGCCUUCACUAUGAUCCAGCUGAGCUGAAGCUCUUUGAGAGCAUUGAAUGUGAGUGGCCAGUGUUUUGGACUUACCUUAUACUCGAUGGCAUCUUCAAUGAAGACCAUGAGCAGGUGCAGGAGUACAGAGAGGCUCUUGAUGGAGUUUUGAUCAGGGGCAAACACGGGAUUCGUCUGGUGCCUGAACUCUAUGCUGUACCCGCUGACAAAGUUGAGGAGGAGUACAGAAACCCUCGCUCUGUGGAGCGUGUGGUCGCUGGCCAGCUCCCACACAUGUGGGGCCAGUCUUUGUAUAUCCUGGCCUGUCUGCUGGCAGAGGGAUUUCUGGCCCCUGGAGAGAUUGAUCCUCUGAAUAGGCGAUUUUCUAAAGAAUUCAAGCCAGAUGUUGUUGUUCAAGUGAGUGUAGUGGCUGAGUCAGUGCAGAUCCAGCAGCUGCUGAGGGAUCAAGGGAUUGAGGUUCAGACCGUCUCUGAUGUUUCGCCCAUCCGGGUCAUGCCAGCUCGCAUCCUGAGCCACAUUUACGUGAAACUGGGUAACUGUAAAAAACUGGAUCUGAGUGGGCGACCAUACAGGCACAUCGGUGUCUUGGGAACUUCAAAGUUUUAUGAGAUCAGAAAUGGUACUUACACAUUCACUCCACAGUUCAUUGACCAGCAUCACUUCUACUUGGCUCUGGAUAACCAGAUGAUUGUGGAGAUGUUGCGUACAGAGCUUGCUUAUCUCUCAUCCUGCUGGCGGAUGACUGGAAGACCUACCCUCACAUUCCCUAUCACACAGAGCAUGCUGGUUGAGGAUGGCGACAGUAUUGACCCCUGUAUCCUCUCUACCCUCCGGAAGCUUCAAGAUGGCUACUUUGCAGGCGCAAGGGUGCAGAUGGCAAACCUCUCCUUAUUCCUCACCACCUCCUUCCACACCCAGCUCAGCUUCUUAGACGCAGACUCUGAAGAGAAUCUGCUAGAGGAAUACGAAGAGGAGGAGGAAGAGAGUUUUGGGCCCUCAGAAGGUUCUGGAGACAUGUUUGACCAGUAUCUCACAGAUCUGUUGCACAGCACUGCUACAAAAUGCCAUCUACCUCCCAUCCAGAGGGGGCAGAAUCACGUUUUCAGUGCUGAACACACCACCAGGGACAUCCUUUCUUUCAUGAUAUUUACCAGCAGUAAUUCCAUCAGCAGUAAUUUCACAUCCCCUCGUUCCACGCGAUGCAGCAGCCCCUCCACUCCCAGCGGGAUCCUGUCUCCGACUGGUGCAGGUGAGGAGGCGUCAGAGAGCCUGAUGAGCCUCAGUCCUUUUGACAUGAAGAAUCUCUUACAUCACAUCCUGAGCGGGAAAGAGUUUGGUGUAGAGAGGAGUAUGCGUCCGAUUCAGUCUUCAGCGACCAGUCCCGCCAUCUCCAUCCAUGAGCUUGGACACACAGGGGCCACCAAGACGGAGCGUACGGGCAUCAGAAAGCUCAAGACUGAAAUCAAACAGAUAUUUACCAGCAGUAAUUCCAUCAGCAGUAAUUUCACAUCCCCUCGUUCCACGCGAUGCAGCAGCCCCUCCACUCCCAGCGGGAUCCUGUCUCCGACUGGUGCAGGUGACUCACACCUGCAGUGGGAGGAACGCCAGGGCCAGUGGCUGAGGAGACGCAGACUGGAUGGGGCCAUAAACAGAGUGCCCAUGGGCUUCUACCAGAAGGUCUGGAAGAUUCUCCAGAAAUGUCACGGCCUCUCCAUUGCCGGAUACGUCUUGCCUUCCUCCACCACCCGUGAGAUGACAGAAGGAGAGAUCAAGUUCGCAGUGCACGUGGAGUCUGUACUGAAUCAUGUCCCACAGCCUGAGUACAGACAGCUGCUGGUGGAGGCCAUUAUGGUGUUGACCCUUGUAGCUGACAUGGAGAUUCCCAGUAUUGGGGGAAUUAUUCACAUCGACCGCAUUGUCCACAUGGCCAAUGAUCUCUUUCAACAGGAUCAGAGCUCCAGCGGGGCCAAUGAGUAUUUCUUGGAGAAGGAUCCUGCCACAGGAAUCUGUAACUUCUUUUAUGACAGUGCUCCUAGCGGCAGCUAUGGCACUAUGACUUAUCUUUCCAAAGCUGUGGUCACAUAUGUUCAAGACUUCCUGCCAAGCAGCAGCUGUCUAAUGCAGUAACGACUGCAGUUCCCAGAAAACCUGUGACCUUCCGGAUGGAUCUAUGACCGGUUUUAUUAAAUCUUGACCUCAGUUCAGUAGCAAAGGACAAGUAUCAACAGGGAAGCCAUUAAUAAACAUCACAGGAUAUGUUGAGAAGCAAACAGACUGCAGGAAAUAGACCACUGUGCUGUU